AUGUUGGUCUCUUGCUAUACAAAGGUGUUCAAGUUGAUCUUUCUGUCUGUAAGUGUUCAUAUUAAUUUUUCUCACUCUUUGUCUGAACUUGUUCACAUUACUCUAUCUCUGCCUGAGGGCAUUCACAUUGACCUCUCUCUAUCUGGCGGUAUUUACACUGGUGUUCACAUUAAUCUCUCUCUGGCUAAGGGUGUUCAUAUUGAUCUCUCUCUGUCUGAAGGUGUUAACAUUGAUCUCUCUCUCACUCUGUCUGAAGAAGUUCUCAUUGAUCUCCCUCUGUCUGAAGGUGUUCACUUUGAUCUCUCUCUGUCUGAAGGUGUUCCCAUUGAUCUCUCUCUGUCUAAAGGUGUUCCCAUUGAUCUCUCUCUGUCUGAAGGUGUUCACUUUGAUCUCUCUCUGUCUGAAGGUGUUCCCAUUGAUCUCUCUCUCUGUCUGAAAGGUGUUCCCACUUUGAUCUCUCUCUGUCUCUCAUUGAUCUCUCUCUGUCUGAAGGUGUUCACUUUGAUCUCUCUCUGUCUGAAGGUGUUCAGGCUGAGUUCUUUGAUCUCUCUCUGUCUGAAGGUGUUCACAUUGAUCUCUGUCUGUCUGAAGGUGUUCACUUUGAUCUCUGUCUGUCUGAAGGGAGUUCUCAUUGAUCUCUGUGUUCUCAUUGAUCUCUCUCUGUCUGAAGGAGUUCUCAUUGAUCUCUGUCUGUCUGAUGGAGUUCUCAUUGAUCUCUCUCUGUCUGAAGGAGUUCUCAUUGAUCUCUCUCUGUCUGAAGGGUGUGUUCCCAUUGAUCUCUCUCUGUCUGAAGGUGUUCACUUUGAUCUCUCUCUGUCUGAAGGAGUUCUCAUUGAUCUCUCUCUGUCUGAAGGAGUUCUCAUUGAUCUCUCUCUGUCUGAAGGAGUUCUCAUUGAUCUCUCUCUGUCUGAAGGUGUUCUCAUUGAUCUCUCUCUGUCUGAAGGAUUCUCUUUAUUGAUCUCUCUCUGUCUAAAGGUGUUCUCAUUGAUCUCUCUCUGUCUGAAGGUGUUCUCUGUUGAUCUCUCUCUCUGUCUGAAGGUGUUCACAUUGAUCUCUCCUGUUGAUCUCUCUCUGUCUGAAGGGUUCACUUUGAUCUCUCUGUCUGAAGGAGUUCUCAUUGAUCUCUCUCUGUCUGAAGGAGUUCUCAUUGAUCUCUCUCUGUCUGAAGGAGUUCUCUCUCUCUGUGUUCUCAUUGAUCUCUCUCUGUCUGAAGGAGUUCUCAUUGAUCUCUCUCUCUGUCUGAAGGAGUUCUCAUUGAUCUCUCUCUGUCUGAAGGUGUUCCCAUUGAUCUCUCUCUGUCUGAAGGAGUUCUCAUUGAUCUCUGUCUGUCUGAGAUCUCUCUCUGUCUCAUUCUCUGUCUGUCUGAAGGUGUUCUCAUUGAUCUCUCUCUGUCUGUCUGAAGGUGUUCUCAUUGAUCUCUCUGUCUGUCUGUGUUCUAUUGAUCUCUCUCUGUCUGAAGGAGUUCUCUCUCUGUCUGAAGGGUUCUCAUUGAUCUCUCUCUGUCUGAAGGUUCUCAUUGAUCUCUCUCUGUCUGAAGGUGUUUCAUUGAUCUCUCUCUCUCUGUCUGAAGGUGUUUCAUUGAUCUCUCUCUGUCUGAAGGUGUUCCCAUCUCUGGUUCUCAUUGAUCUCUCUCUGUCUGAAGGUGUUCCCAUUGAUCUCUCUCUCUGUCUGAAGGUGUUCUCAUUGAUCUCUCUCUGUCUGAAGGAGUUCCCAUUGAUCUCUCUCUGUCUGAAGGUGUUCCCAUUGAUCUCUCUCUGUCUGAAAGGUGUUCCCAUUGAUCUCUCUCUGACUUUCAUUGUGUUCCCAUUGAUCUCUCUCUCUCUGUCUGAAGGUGUUCUCUGUGUUCACUUUGAUCUCUCUCUGUCUGAAGGAGUUCUCAUUGAUCUCUCUCUGUCUAAAGGUGUUCCCAUUGAUCUCUCUCUGUCUGAAGGUGUUCUCAUUGAUCUCUCUCUGUCUGAAGGAGUUCUCAUUGAUCUCUCUCUGUCUUGUUCUCAUUCUCUCUCUCUGUCUGAAGGUGUUCUCAUUGAUCUCUCUCUGUCUGAAGGUGUUCUCAUUGAUCUCUGUCUGUCUGAAGGAGUUCUCAUUGAUCUCUGUCUGUCUGAAGGAGUUCACAUUGAUCUCUCUCUGUCUGAAGGAGUUCUCAUUGAUCUCUCUCUGUCUGAAGGAGUUCUCAUUGAUCUCUCUCUGUCUGAAGGUGUUCUCAUUGAUCUCUCUCUGUCUGAAGGGUUCUCAUUGAUCUCUCUCUGUCUGAAGGAGUUCUCAUUGAUCUCUCUCUGUCUGAAGGAGUUCUCAUUGAUCUCUCUCUGUCUGAAGGAGGUUCUCAUUGAUCUCUCUCUGUUCAUUGAUCUCUCUCUCUGUCUGAAGGGGUUCUCAUUGAUCUCUCUCUGUCUGAAGGGAGUUCUCAUUGAUCUCUCUCUCUGUCUGAAGGGGUUCUCAUUGAUCUCUCUCUGUCUGAAGGUGUUCUUGAUCUCUGAAGGUCUCUCUCUGUCUGAAGGGUGUUCCAUUGAUCUCUCUCUGUCUGUUCUCAUUGAUCUCUCUCUGUCUGAAGGAGUUCCAUUGAUCUCUCUCUGUCUGAAGGUGUUCUCAUUGAUCUCUCUCUGUCUGAAGGUGUUCCCAUUGAUCUCUCUCUGUCUGAAGGUGUUCUCAUUGAUCUCUCUCUGUCUGAAUCUCAUUGAUCUCUCUCUCUGUCUGAAGGUGUUCAUCUCUCUGUCUGUUGAAUCUCUCUCUGUGAUCUCUCUCUGUCUUCCCAUUGAUCUCUCUCUGUCUGAAGGUGUUCCCUUUGAUCUCUCUCUGUCUGAAGGUGUUCUCAUUGAUCUCUCUCUGUCUGAAGGUGUUCUCAUUGAUCUCUCUCUGGUUCUCAUUGAUCUCUCUCUGUCUGAAGGAGUUUUCAUUGAUCUCUCUCUGUCUGAAGGUGUUCUCAUUGAUCUCUCUCUGUCUGAAGGUGUUCACUUUGAUCUCUCUCUGUGUUCUCCUGUUGAGUUCUCUGAUCUGUCUGUUCUCAUUGAUCUCUCUCUGUCUGAAGGUGUUCUCAUUGAUCUCUCUGUCUGUCUGAAGUUCUCAUUGAUCUCUCUCUGUCUGUUCUCAUUGAUCUCUCUGUCUGAGUUCUCAUUCUCUCUGUCUGAAGGGUUCAUUGAUCUCUCUCUGUCUGAAGGAGUUCUUGAUCUCUCUCUGUCUGAAAGGAUCUCACUCUGUGUUCCCAUUGAUCUCUCUCUGUCUGAAGGUGUUCCCAUUGAUCUCUCUCUGUCUGAAGGUGUUCACUUUGAUCUCUCUCUGUCUGAAGGAGUUCUCAUUGAUCUCUCUCUGUCUAAAGGUGUUCCCAUUGAUCUCUCUCUGAAGGUGUGUUCUCAUUUCUCUCUCUGUCUGAAGGUGUUCUCUUUGAUCUCUCUCUGUCUGAAGGUGUUCUCAUUGAUCUCUCUGUCUGAAGGUGUUCCCAUUGAUCUCUCUCUGUCUGAAGGUGUUCUCAUUGAUCUCUGUCUGUCUGAAGGAGUUCUCAUUGAUCUUCUGUGUUCUCAGUUUGAUCUCUCUCUGUCUGAAGGGUUCUCAUUGAUCUCUCUCUGUCUGAAGUUCACAUUGAUCUCUCUCUGUCUGAAGGAGUUCUCAUUGAUCUCUCUCUGUCUGAAGGAGUUCUCAUUGAUCUCUCUGUCUGAAGGAGUUCUCAUUGAUCUCUCUCUGUCUGAAGGAGUCUCAUUGAUCUCUCUCUGUCUCAUUGAUCUCUGUGUUCUCAUUGAUCUCUCUCUGUCUGAAGGAGUUCUCAUUGAUCUCUCUCUGUCUGAAGGAGUUCUCAUUGAUCUCUCUCUGUCUGAAGGAGUUCUCAUUGAUCUCUCUCUGUCUGAAGGUGUUCCCAUUGAUCUCUCUCUGUCUGAAGGUGUUCCAUUGAUCUCUCUCUGUCUGAAGUUCACAUUGAUCUCUCUCUGUCUGUAG